UCUAAUAGGGUUGUUUCCAAUUUUUUGAAACGCUUGUAUUACGUUCUAUAUUAACUAGAAGUUGCCCUAAAAUUCAACUUUUAUACUAAAAACGGCUUUAAAUAUGUUAAAUUAACAAAAUAUAUUUUGACGGAUGCUUUCGCGCCCAAAACGCUCUUUGAAAAUUGUCUGACGUCACAGUUUACGGUUUGACACAUAACUACAUACACACGUAGAAGAUACGAGCUGUCAACUGACAUUUGUUAUUUGUUGUUUAUCGCCUAACUGUCAACAGUGUCAAUCCGAGAGUUGUGACGUCAUCAGAAUCUUCAAAGACGUUUCGAGUUUGGUCACGUGACGAGUGCCAAAACAUAUUUUAAAUUCAAUAUUUACAAAAAUAUGGUCAUUACAGGUCCCCUAAAAGUAGUUUAACAUGUUCUUAUAAUCCAAAAGAAUUUAUUGGGAUACAAUUCUGCCCUAAGAUUUGUAGAUGGAAACAACCCUAUUGCCAAAAAUGUUCAAUGAUUGAUAUUUUUGCAUUUCAAUCAUUUUUGUACAUUUCAUGUAUUGUAAAUAACGUGCUGAUAUUUGGUGAAACGGAAAAUAUUAAUUCUCGUGCUUACCGCGAAAACCGAAAUUCGCAAAUUGCGGGGAUCUUUCUCUUUUACUCUCAUUAAGACGUAAUUAGAGUGAAAAAGAAAAAUGCCCACACUUGACGAACUUCGAUUUUCGCGGUUAUAGCCCUGGCUUAAUAAAGUGUGGAUGUAAUUGGCACGUAAAAUUAAAAUUGUAAAAAAUGCCCAUAGUUUAUCGAUAUGGCCACAACUUUUGGUUACUCAUUAUUUAAUCGUACAUAAAAAAUGUGGCUGUUGUGUGUGUGUGUGGCUACGGUGACAGCUGGCUUAGACUCCAUCUUUAGGAAUGUUGUAUCUAUGGAUAGCUUGCCUCCCGCUUCACUUAACAAUGACCUAUACUGGCAACUUUAAACGUGAAAACCAUGACGAUAAGCUCGAAACGCCAUAAAAAUACUAGAACUAUUUAAGCUUAAAUAAAUUUUCAUCAUAAUUUGUAAAACUAAUAUAAAUCUGAAUUAUUACAAACUGCGUUAAGGACAGAGGUAUAAUAUUUCGAAUAAUCGAGUUUGAAUCGAAGACUAUUCGAUUGGUACAACUAUUUCGCGCCAGAAACGCACAUCUGUCAAACAAAUUAUAAUUUGAUUUGCCUACGAUCAAAUCUUUUUUGCAAUUUUGCAUUACUUAUAACAUGCGAUUCAGUAAAAAUCGCAUUCUUGAGUGGUCUAAAACUUCUUGAGUAACAAAAUGUUGGACAAGGAUCUCGAAAUUCUAGAGGACACUACAUUUACUCACAGUGGAUCACGAAAUAAACAUUUCGAGGCUAUUCUACAUGUCUUAGAUAAAGGAAACAGUCCAGGUGUUUCGAAACUUGAGAGAGUAUUGACAAUAUGUGUACAUGACCUGAAAGAAGACGCUCGGCACGCAGUUUUUUGUUUGAAUAUAAUCACUAAGAUUGUGAAUAGACAUCAGACAGAACUAUCUACAUCAAAAUUGGCAUCAUCAGCAGAGGCAGUUCUAAACUUCCUUCUAACUGCAGCGGCACUAAACAAAGCAGAGUCGCUGCAAACUAUUAGCUUCAAUACCCUCCUUGCAUACCCUGACAAUGUGUUGGCGGAGUUGGCGUCUGAAUGCAAUGACAUUUAUGAACUGUUCAACUUAUACUGCCAUCUCAAGAUGCCUGUGGAAAUCAGGUUCAAGCCUGUUAACCUAGCCCACAGAGUAAUGAUCAACCUAACUCCAGAAAAUAAAUCAACAUUUGUGAAAAAAGGCCUAGCAGUAUGGUUUUCAAAAGUGAUACCAACAGCCAUGAACUAUUUCCAAAUACAGACUAUAGGCACCACACCAAUGGUCUUGUCUAUAAUGGAACUAUUGGAAAUGUUGACUGAAGAACUUGCAUCAAUUGACUACAGUACUAAUCCUCAGUGGCAGACAGUAUUGGAAAACAUUUACAGCCCAAAUGCAUAUCCAGCUCAAAUGAAAAACCUAUUGCAAAGUGGCAGUGUUCUGUGGCAUAGGAUUUGGAUCAUCUUUAUCAAACUGCUCAAAGCUCAAAUAACAAUGAACAAACCUGGAAUUGGCAGUCCUAUCAACUCAAUGUUGCCAGUAGUUGAAAUGGCAUUCAAAAUGGAUGUCAAAAGCAGAUGCAGAGCAUUCGAAUGUUGGAAUGUCUUGAUUGAUAAUUUCUCAGCUGAGACUAAUGAACUGUUUGUUAACAAGAGAAUAAAAUUACUCAUUAUACCUUUGAGAUCCAACAAUGCUAAAGUUGAAGAAACAGCACUUGCCAAACUUGACACCUGGUGGCAUCUUAUAAAGCAAUAUGAGGCCAGAGUAGAUGACAGAAUGCUGUAUCCAUUUUUACACUUUUGCUUUGGAAGACAUAUUCCUGAGAAGACAGUUUUGAUACCUGGGAUGAUUUCACCGACAGUUAAAAAAAAUUGUGUUGAAACAUUUGUUGAAAUGGUUGGCCAUUUUAAUUGUGAAGGCUGCAUUUCGAAACCUAGACUGAAGAGCAAAAUAAUUAGUCCUAAAGUCUUGGUAGACCACUGGAGUGACUGGACACAUUCACUAAAGAUGGCAAUAAAGGUAUCUUCAGAAGAUGUUGUUGGGAUUGGAAAACAGCCAAUCAUAUGCGCUUGGAAGUCAUUUGUGAUGACCAUUGCUGAAAUGCCAGAAAAUAAUAUCAGAAAAGAUCUUUUUAACGAUCUUUUAACUAUAACGAAACUACUUGCACAGGAGUGCACAAGUAAUAAUAAACUUGCAGACAUAGUGAACAACAUCCUCAUUUCUUCACUUCUUGAGGAACCCACACUGAAGGAACUUCUUAAAACCAAAGAGUUUCAAGGUGGACCAAUACAAACAAUUCUCUCCAUUCUAACAGAUCCCACGUUUUUUGAGACCUGUAAACAACAUACCAACCAGGAUUUACUCACAAACCUAAAGCUAAUGAUCGAAUUUCUCAUACUGGAGUGCGGCAAUUUAGAAGACAAGGCAAUAAAAUGGCUGAUCAAAGAUGUGGCGCCUCAUGACAGCUCGCUGCAGUUGUGGACUGCCUUAGCAAAAGCACUGCAGGUCUCGAAAUCAAGGCAGGAGUGCUUGCAGCAAAUGUGCAACUUGUUGCUCUGGCCACUUCUGAACUUAGAUCAUUUCAGUAAUGUUGAGGCAGCUGCACUGACAUGGAAUAGUACGUAUUGCGUACUGCAUCUGACGACGGUGCAAACCGUCUGGUUCCACAUGGAGAUCGACAGAAUCCUUGCGGAAAACGAGAAUAAAGGAGCCACGGCGACUUUCUUCGUGCUGUGCGUUUUGCUUGCUGUAAUUAAGACUAAAAUCAUCACAAGGACAUGUAGUGUUUUCGGGGGCAUGAACAAAACAAAGAAGUUUCAGAAGAUGUGGAAAGAUGAGGGAAUAAACAAAGAAGUUAAGAUGUUACAGGAUGUGAUGUGUAAAUACAAUGAUUAUGAUGAAAUCAAACAAGUACUUCCUAUAUUAAUUGAUACAGUGGACCUCCUAUCGACAGCUGCCACACAUGAGCAUUUGGUCGGUGAAUAUGUCCAAGAAAUCUUUGUAAUUGGAAGGAAAGCAUUAAAUAUCAUGCUCAAUCAUUUGAAGUGUGAAGAUCCUACUGGGGAGGUGCUUUUAGUCAAAGUUAUUGAUGCUUUUGCACAUUUUUUCAAAACUGAAAGUGGAAGCGAAUUCAAAAUAAUUUUAUUGGAUGAGUUACUUGUGUGUCGAACUUUAUUUUCAACAAUACCUUCCAAUUUGGAUGGUGUGUUAAAACUAAUUAUGGCGGAUGAGAGCAUUGAUCAAUCAUUAAGAGCAAAAAUUAAGGCGUCCUUUGAAACUAUUGAAACAAAAAGUAAAAAUGAAGCAAAUGACUCUAACAAUAAAGUUUCAAAGUCUGAAGGUCAGGAUGAAAACAAGUUUACGACGCCUGUGCCAAAAAGCGCUAAAAAGGAUCCGAAAAAGAAAGAAGCCAGUAUCAUAAACACAGUUGUAGAAAAUGGUGAAGAAUUUGCAGUAAUCAAAUCAAAUUGGAAAUUCAAUCCACGAAAACUAACAGAAAAUCAAAAAGAAAAAUUGAAAAGGAAACGAGAAGAUAUUCCGGCUUUGUAUCAGGACCUAUCACAGUCACAAGAUGAAUUUAAACUUAAAUCUUGGAAAACAGACUCUCAAGAUGCCUCUACUACAAACAGUAGAUCAGCCAGUACACCAUCUAAUGAUAAUAUUUCAACCAUUAAAAAUAUGCCUGGCACUGAUAUAGUGCCUAAAAUAAUUGAUAAUUUCUUCUCUGAUACUCCUAAGGCUACGGAGAAGAAUGAAAAUAAACAAACUGACAGCCCAAAACAGAGCAAAUUUGACCAAAAGAAAUCUUCUCCGGCAGUUAAAACUCCGCGGAUGGCUUUGAAAGACAGAGUAUUUCGUAAUGUUAGAAAUUUGAUUGAAAAAUCUACUCUACCAAAAGAAGGAUCACAGAACACCGAUGUGUUAAAUCAAACAGUUAAUUCAAACACAUGUAGCACGCCAGUUACGAAAUGCAACGACAGUAAAAAUGUUGUUAACUCGGCACCGUCAAAAAUAAAUGCUGACCGGCCUGCUCGUGUUAAGAGAAAACCUAAAAAGUUCGACGACUCGGAAAUUUACUUAGAAAAGAGAAGGCGUAACUCUACUCAAAACGAGUCGCAAUCAUUUGACAAAAACGACGCUUCAGAAGAUGCAACAAAUUUAGAAGAAAAAACAAAUGAAGAUGUCAAUAAUAUUCUUAAAGCUGCGACUGUUUCAGUAAAUAAUAUGGAAAUGGAUACCAGUGAAGUUUGCAAAUCAAAUGAUCCUAUUAAUGACCACGCACCUGUUACUAAUGUAGAAAAAAAUGACACAGUAAAAGAUAAAAUACCUGCAGAAGUUUCUUCUUCGCCCAUAUGUAAAGAAGUUCAUAACAAUUCGGUAGGUGAUAAUGGUUCCAACGUAAAUCUUGAAGAUACUGUUAAAUGUUCACAAAGCGACACAUCUAUCGACAAAUCAAUAGAAGAAACACAGCAGCCUGAACAAAAAAAGAAUACCUCCGUUGGUAAUACAUCCACACCUAAAAACAUCCCUAAGAAAAAAGAUUCUGACGAGGCAAAGUCGACUUCUAAAAAGAAGUCAAGAAUUGAAAAAGAACUGGCUAUAGAUAUGGUCGAAGGUCAUCCAUUUUUAAAACUACAAUCAGAUAAGCGAGUGACCAGAAAAGGCUUAACAGAGUUGCCUAUCCGCGGUCGUAAAAUGCGUUUAGCUGAUAAACUAAAUAAGUCUAAAUCUGAACCAAAGAGUGCUUCAAAAACGAAAAAAGGGACGAGCAAUACGGAAGUUCCAAAAGACAAAUAUCCUGUUACAGUUUGCGAAACACAAGAUAUUAGCCCUGAUGCUACACAAGAUCUUUCUGAAGAUGUUAUUGAAAGCUCUCAGGAUACGACAACAACAAUAUCAGUUAAAUCAUUCAGAAGGUGUGCUGAUAAACCAUCUGGUAGCUCAGAAAGCAUAAAUAAAACUAUUUUGGAGACGCAAGAUUUAGUUGACAAAUCUUCCCAGGAAAUAAAUACUACUACUGACGUCAUAAUGUCUCAAGAAAUUAAAGAUGACACCGAAUUACCUGCCAACAAGACUGAUGUCCAAGAUAAUGUUAUAAUGGAUUUAACAGAGGAAAUGGAUACGGAGCCUGUAAGUUCUGGAGAUGUCAUAAUUAUAAACGACGACGAUCCUAUGAUUGAUUUAAAUACCGAAGGUGACCUAGGUCCAGGACCUGAUACACUUGAACUUGCAAAUGCAGAUACACAACCUACAGAUCCCUCCCAAUUUGUAAAUGACACAAAUGCAUCCAUUAAAACUUGUCAGAAUGUACUCCCUGACAUCAAAGAUAAUAAUGAAAAAACUGAUUCAAGAGUUGAUGAGAGUCGGCUUACUACCACAGCCGACGACAGAACCAUAACCCUUGUUGACAUAACUCAAAAUGAAGAAACUGGCGCUUCGUCUCCCACUAUCGGCGCUGACCAAAGAAAAAAAGAUUUCUUAAACAACACUUCAGAAAUUUCGCCUAUAAAAUCCUUAAGCCCAAUUGAACCCAAGUCGCCUGUAUCUGAAAAUAGCAGCGAUUUCUUAGUAAUUAAACUAUCUGGUCGGGUACAAAUGAACGGUGAACCUUUGGAAAUGAGUAAUUCACCUGAAAUAUUUACUGAAGAAAAAUCUUCACCUGAUAAAAGGGAUCAAUCUCCUCCUCGCCCAGAGGUUACUGUUACUAAUAGUAGUCCUAGUUCUUCAUUGUCUUUAAAGAAAAAUCGGCCUCAAGUACGCAGUGGUGGUCGUGCGGCCCAAAUGUUAGGUCUGUGCGUGCCGGACAGAUUACAGACAAUAAAGCAUGUUGAAAGACCUGAGAAAGACGAACCUAAGAAAAGCAGUCCUGUGAACACUCCAGCUCGUAGAAACCUGAGAAUGUUGUAUCAAAAAGCUCAAUCGACAGAUAGUGGAAGUUCUGACGAAAAAGAAGAAACAGAUAAUUUUCUGAAAUUUAAGAAAGCUUUGCCCAGUGCCGACUGUAGUCCUGCCGGUCCAAUUCUAAAAAGAAAGCUUGCUGAUAUUGCGGACGAAGCCACAGCGUCACCAGCCAACAAGAGGAAACGAGUCAGUUUUCAUGACCCAGUGUCUACGUCAGUUACUGUUCAAAAGUAUAUAGACACAAGUGGAGUAAGAUCACCUCAAAACACAGCACUUAAACGGUUGGAACGGCAAUUACGCCACCAGUCUCCAAAAUCUCCAAAGAGACUUGAUAGUAUGUUUACACUCGAGACCGUACUAACUACAACGGCUGAAAGUUUCAGUAAUGAACCUUCUAGUAACGACACAGAACUGAGCUCUCUAGAUCAGACUCCUGCCGCGGAAAUAGUCAAAACUAGUGAAUUAAAUGAUACAGAUCCUAUAUUCCCAGAUCUCAUAGAUUGUAAGGAUUCUAUUGCUAACAUUGCUUCAGAACUAUCAUCACCUGGAAUGAAAGAAUUAUUUGUAAAAGAACUAGGAGGAAAGAUUGAAACUGUUGGUGAUUUGGCCAAGUUGACUGAAAUAGAAGUAAAUAGAAUUUGUAUCAAAGCUCCUAAAAUACAAGUGGCCAAAAAAGUAUUAGAGGAUUAUGCAUCUAGAAAGGAUAAAAUACUGAAAGCGAAUGAACUAGUGGAACCUACUUCAAACAAAGAACUUACAGUGACAACAAGUGAUGGAAGACUAAAAAAAGAUGAAGUAAUGGAGGUAGUGGAAACUCCUUUAAAUACAACAAUUACAGUAACGACGAGUGUUGGAAAAUCUGGAAAUUAUGAUUUAAUGACAGGGGUUAAAGCUAGUGAUCUAGAAAAGGUGACUGAAUCUGAAGGAAUUGAAAUUGUUGACAAAACUAUAACACAAAUGACUAAGAAAUCAUUUAAAAAGGACAAAAAAAUGGAGGCGGAACCAAUGGUUGUUCUAACAAAGGUCACUGAACAUGAAGUUGACAAAAUCGAUGUUAAAGUUCCUAAAGGACAUGUGACUAGGAAAGAUAAAAUAAUGGAAGUGGAUGAAGCAGUGAAGCCAACUGUAGAUGUUGAUCUUAGAGUGGCAACAAGUGUUGGAAUACAAACUAAUAUUAUAAUGAGCGAAACCGAAACACAAACCUCCUUGAUAUUGCAAAGGCUCUCAUCAACACAGACUGACGAAGUAGCGACAAAGCAAACAAGUUCUCAGACAGAUGAGUCAGGCAGCAAAUCAACUGAAAAUAUUAUAUCAUCAUGUAUUAAAGACAGGAAAGACUUCGUCCUUAAAUUAGGAGAACGAUUAGAAAACGUAUCAAAACUUAAACUGGCAGAAUCUCUACCUGUCAAAGACUGCACGGACCUGCUUGUGAAGAAAAUGACUGGUUCAGAUGCCAAGAGUGUUUUGAACAGCAUCAUCCAGCGAGGUUGCGAACUGCAUGCAAACGGCCAAAACGGAAACAAGGAAUUAUCGUAUCUGCAAAAUUACUUGUUCGAUAAAUUCGAUGUUAAAGACUUGAUUUUGUUUUGCAGUCAGAUGAUGCAAAAAGUGUAUGACAAGAGUAUUGCUGAUAAGAAUGUGUGAAGUGUAAUUAGUUUUAAAAGUAGGUAAUUUCCUUUUGAUUUGUCUUCGUAAUCAUUUUCUAUUUUGUCUCAAAAUAGAAAAUGAUGACGAAGUUAAUGUAAUAACUUUUGUGGCAAAUUUCUUGAUUUGAAUAGUAUACACAGACGAUACAGUACAGUGUAGUGAGGAUACAUUAGUAUCCGUUUUUAAAUCGACUUUAUUGAUUAACAAUACAUUUAAUCAUAGUUAUUGUACCACGUAAUAUAUUUCACAUGGUGGCAAAGUAUUCAUGUACAUAUUUUUGGAUUGGACUGAAUUAGAAACUUAAUUUUGUUUUAAGUAACAGUGCCUUUUUGCGCUUUAGUAAUAGAUAGUACUGUAUGAGCGCAUUUGAUAUAACGAUUUUUGACUCAAUUCACUUGCCGAGUUCACAGCAUGUGACAGUCGUGAAAUUGUAGAUAUAGAGAUUGUUUUAGUAUCUAUAUACUUUUCCUACAAUAGGGAAUAUUACUCGAAACUCUGCGUAAGGGGCGCCACUACUACAAUCCAUCGCAAUCUGAGGGUCUACCGGGAAACGCGUAAAUCGAAAUUUCAUUAUCUAACCUCUCUAUCACUCUUGCGUAUUCGAGCGAUGAAGAGACAGAUAACUAAAUUUCGAUUUACGCGUUUCCCGGUGGGCUCUUUGGAAACAAACUUGCCAAAAAAACAGGGCACAGUAUAAGUUACUCUAUGGUUUAGGAAAGCUGCUAGUGCUGUUCUCUGGCGGCAGAACAUUGCAGUUAUACUCCCUAUUAGAUUCUUACUAGAUAAAACUUGUAAGGAAGCAAAAUGUAACUAUAUAAACUAUCGUAAAGUGUAGUAGGCAGGCGAGUAAAAAUUGCGUUUUAUCAAUACAUUUCACUUGGUACAUCAUGAAUACGAAAAUGUCAUAUCAAAUAUAAUGCUUGGCAAGCAUGAAGGAUGACUGUGACUUACUUGUUGUUCUAGGUACAGUUAGAUAUACUGUGGAGUAGUGCUCCGAUAUACACUCAGUAUAAACCAUCUAAAUGUAUCAAUUACAUUGGAACGUCGAUGAGACUAACGCGAUAACUUAAGUUAUUUAAAUUACGUUAGACUUUUUAGUAAUUAUUUUUUAUAAUGAAAAGAAAAAUAAAAGAUCAACAGAA